AUCAUGUGUUGCAUCAAUCAGCUAAAAGACUAUCGUAUAACACAUUCUAGGGUUUCAACCAUCAGUUUAAACUUUUGAUUAAGUUGAUUCUUCGACAAAACCCUUUACUCAACCAAACCCUUAUAAAUACUUGAUGAAGCAAAUGCAAACUUCCACCAUCCAAACCAAACAUAUAUACAAACUAUUUUGCUAGUGUAUCGGUCAUUCAAACCCGAAUCCGGAUCCAGGUCUGUAGGCAUAACUAAUCAUAAGUUGUGCCUCAGAUUGAGAUCCAAUCACAAGAAUCACCAUGGAUAAGGUGAAAAGAGUUGCUUCAGAAAAUGGGGUUGUGAUCUUUAGCAAGAGCUCAUGUUGCUUAUGUUACACUGUUAACAUUUUGUUCUUAGAACUUGGUGUAACCCCAGUUAUCUAUGAAGUUGAUAAGGAUCCUGAAGGGAAGGAAAUGGAGAAAGCUAUAAUGAAGCAUGGGUAUAAUCCACCUGUUCCUUCAGUUUUCAUUGGGGGGGAGUGUAAGGGGUCAACCAAUGAGAUUAUGUCCCUUCAUCUAAGGGGAGAACUUAUCCCAAUGCUUAGGCCUUACAUGGGGUUUAACUAAUAUACUGUCAUGUUUUAGUUAUUGCUUGCUUGCUGCAUAUCAGCGAUAGAGUAUAUAACAUAUAUUAGUAUGUUAACUAUCAACUUUAUCGGUUAUGUAUUCUAUCAAUGAUAAAGUUUCAUGUUAAUUAGAUGAAUAAGGAUGAGUUAGAUCAACAUGAUAGUUGUCUAAGUAGAGAGUCUUGUCUAUGUCUAGUUUUAUUUUCUUGUUUAAUCAUGUAGAGCUACAUCUUCAAGUUAGCUAGUAUUUCAUGUGGUUUUAAAAGCAGCUAAAGCAUGUAAUACUGUUAUUGUGGCAAUGGAAAUCAUCUUUAUUAUAA